UCAAGACUCCUGUGGCACUGGGCAGGAAGGGGCCAAGGGCUGGCUCCGAUGGAGUGGGAGGGAUCUGGGGCCUGAGGCUGCAGCCAAGGGUGGUCCGAGUGGGUGGCUCAAAGCCACUUCAACGCCUGUGACCCCAAGGAGUUCAUCAAUUAUUUGUUGUGACUCAGUUCCCUCAUCUACAAAAACACAGUCUUGUUAGGCCACUGGAAAUAAACGUACAUAGCAUUCACGCUUCCCUGGUGGCGCAGUGGUUAAUAAUCCGCCUGCCAAUGCAGGGGACACGGGUUCGAACCCUGGUCCGGGAUCCUACAUGCCGCUGAGCAACUAAGCCUGUGCGCCACAACCACUGAGCCUGCGCUCUAGAGCCCGUGAGCCACAACUACUGGAGCCCGUGCUCCACAACGAGAAGCCACCGCAAUGGGAAGCCUGCCCACUGCGACGAAAGGGUAGCCCCCGCUUACGGCAACUAGAGAAAACCCGCGCCCAGCAACGAAGACCCAACACAGCCAAAAAAAUAAUUAAUUUUUAAAAAGAUUAACAUGAUAAAUUAAAAAAAAAGUUCACAGCAUUCAACAAAUACUUCCCUCUCUCUCCGCUCUGAUUGGCCAAGCCCCUCCCCCAGAUUCCCGCGACGCGGAGACUGUAGCGUAAUGACGUAGGAGGACGCAAAGAUUCUCCCACCCUUAUCUCCGUUUCCUAGGAAACGUGGACUCCGCGUUCAACUCCCCGUCGCUGACCCCUUGACGUCACGAUCCGGACAGGAGGGUGGGGCGAGUGCUACCGCCAGGGGCGGGGCGGCGCGGGCCGGCCGGGCUGUGCACCUGCGCCUCGGCGGUCCGCCUGGGGCAUCAUCCCCGGCCCGCCUGGCCCCGCCAUGGCCAGGCCGCAGAGGACUCCGGCACGCAGUCCCGACAGCAUCGUCGAGGUGAAGAGCAAAUUUGAUGCCGAGUUCCGACGCUUCGCGCUGCCCCGCGCUUCGGUGAGCGGCUUCCAAGAGUUCUCUCGGUUGCUGCGUGCGGUACACCAGAUCCCGGGCCUGGACGUGCUGCUUGGCUAUACGGAUGCUCACGGCAACCUACUGCCCCUCACCAACGACGACAGCCUGCACCGGGCCCUGGCCAGUGGGCCCCCGCCGCUGCGCCUGCUAGUGCAGAAGCGGGAAGCUGAUUCCAGUGACCUGGCCUUUGCCUCCAACUCCCUGCAGCGGCGCAAGAAAGGGCUCCUACUUCGGCCAGUGGCACCCCUGCGCACACGGCCACCCCUGCUAAUCAGCCUGCCACAAGAUUUCCGCCAGGUUUCUUCCGUCAUAGAUGUGGACCUACUGCCUGAGACCCACCGACGGGUGCGGCUGCAUAAGCACGGUUCCGACCGCCCCCUGGGUUUCUACAUCCGAGAUGGCAUGAGUGUGCGCGUAGCUCCCCAGGGCCUGGAACGGGUUCCAGGCAUCUUCAUCUCCCGCCUGGUACGAGGGGGCCUGGCUGAGAGUACAGGGCUGCUGGCAGUCAGUGAUGAGAUCCUCGAGGUCAAUGGCAUUGAGGUAGCUGGGAAGACCUUGGACCAAGUGACGGACAUGAUGGUUGCGAACAGCCACAACCUCAUUGUCACUGUCAAGCCAGCCAAUCAGCGCAAUAAUGUGGUGCGUGGGGCAUCUGGGCGUCUGACAGGGCCUCCUUCUGCUGGGCCUGGGCCUGCUGAGCCUGAUAGCGACGAUGACAGCAGUGAUCUGAUCAUUGAGAACCGCGAGCCUCCCUGUUCCAAUGGGCUGUCUCAGGGGCCUCCAUGCUGGGACCUGCGCCCAAGCCGCCUACUUCCUGAUGCCCGCAGCUCUCUGCCCUCCCUGGAUGAUCAGGAGCAGGCCAGCUCUGGCUGGGGGAGUAGCAUUCAAGGAGAUGGUAGUGGCUUCAGCCUCUGACAGGCAAAGAUGCAGCCCCUUGCCCUUCCAGGCUGCCGGGACAUGGCAGGGACUUCCCCAGUGGGGUUUUUUAGCUUGCUCACGGGGCCUUAUCAGUCUGGGGAACAUUAAAGGUUUUCUACAAAUGCAGUUAUGGUCCUUCUGUUUCCCAGCCCUAGCCUCCUCCUUGAUCCCACAAUCUUGCCUUCUGGCCUGGACAUGAGGCAGGAGUGGAGGAGUGAUAAGGGCAGCAGAGAAACC